CUCUUACCAGACCGGCUCAAGUACGGACCCGGGUUUUAAAACAUACUCCAGGAAGUGAGUGGUAAGUGGCGUCGUCUUGGGUGCCAAUUUUUUCAAAAGCAUCGUCACAGGCACAGGUGAUUGUAGAGGGCUCUACUCUAGGGCUACUGUAACUCUUCCCGCCUAACGACACAUUGAUAUUGCUUCGGAUUCUAGGGCUUUAUUCCAGAAUUGUUAGUUUGAAAGGAAAGGAAAGAAAAAGAUGGGAGCAGAAGAUGAAGAAAGCUUAAUACAAGCAAGAAAGAUAGAAAUAGAACAAGAUGUUGAAGGUGACCGUGUGGAUUCCGGAGAUUACUUCUUCAAUAGGAUCGGGAAACCCAUUCCCAUCCUCAACGACCAGUCAGAGUCUCCUCUUUUCGAUUUACAGUCCCCUCCCUCUUCUCCUCUGGCCGUCUCCCCGCAACACGGCCUCAUCUUUCUUGUUCAUUCUUCAGGAUUUUAUGUUGCCAGAACCAAGGAUGUUAUGGAUGCAGCUGAGGAGAUUAAGGGAACUUCUCCUUGUAUACAAGAUUUGAGUAUUGCUGAUGUUCCCAUUGGCAAACCUCACAUUCUUUCCCUCUCUUUUGAUUCUUCUACUCUUGUCGUUACCGUUGCUGCUCAUCUUCAUUUCUUUCUCGUUGAUUCUCUUCUCAAUAAGGAAGUAAAGCCAUUUUUCUCUUGUUCAUUGAGCGAACCAACUUCUUUUGUUAAGGAUUUCAAAUGGAGAAGGAGAUCAGAUUCUUCUUACCUUCUUCUUUCUAACCAUGGUAACCUAUAUCAUGCUGCUGUUCUUGAUUCUCCUCUUAAACUUGUAAUGGACGACGUAGAUGCUGUUGAAUGGAGUUUAAAAGGAACAUAUUUAGCUGUGGCUAAAGCGCAUAUUCUCCAUAUUUUGUCUUCUAAUUUCAAGGAAAGAUUGCGUCUUUCCUUGCCCUUCAAGUCUUGGAUUGCUGAUUCUGAUGACAGCUGCAGUGUUAAAGUGGAUUCUAUCAGGUGGGUGCGUCCUGAUAGCAUUGUUGUUGGAUGCUUUCAACAAACUGCAGAUGGAAAGGAAGAAAAUUACCUUGUUCAAGUUAUCAGGAGCAAAGAUGGCAAAAUUACUGAUACUUCUUCAGAGCCAUAUGUGCUAUCCUACUAUGACUUAUUUUCUGGUCUAAUUGAUGACAUUCUGCCCUAUGGAAAUGGACCUUACUUACUUUUGAGCUAUUUACAUGAAUGUGGGCUUGCGAUUACAGCAAACAGGAAGAAUACAGAUCAGCAUGUUCUGUUACUUUGUUGGUCGGUAGAGGAUGGCAUGAGUGAAACUGCAAUUGUUGAUAUUGAUCGAGAUACUUGGAUCCCGAGGAUUGAGCUUCAAGGUAAUGGCGAUGAUAAUUUGAUCAUGGGGUUUUCUGUUGAUAAUGUUUCCAUCUAUGCAAAAGUUGAGGUUGAAGUUGGUCUUGAACAGAGAGAACUUUCACCAUUUUGUGUUCUUUUCUGUGUUACUCUUGAGGGGAAGCUUGUUAUGUUUUAUGUAGCAAGUGCUGCAGGAACUACCUUACCACCUGAUGCUGACUCAGCCCUUGAUGAUGAAGAAGAGGAUUCUUUGCCGGAAUCACUUGCAGGACGUGUUCAAUCCAAUAUUCUAUCUGGACCGGAACAGGUGGCCUUGGGUCUUCAAGUGAAUGAUGUGAGCAAAAGGGAGCCAGAUGUUUCUAAAGGUAGUGAACUUUCAACAAAUAAAGACCUGCCUUCUGGUGACACCAGGAGUUCAAUGACUGCACUUAUUACAGAGCAAAAACCCCAUAAAGGUGCUACCUCUGAAGCACAGGAGAUGGAGUCUGUAUUAAACUCUAAACCUUCUGUAUUUGAUUGCCAAGACAAAGCUUCUACCACAAAGAUGUACCAAGGUGUAGAUGGCCAACAAGUACAGUUUUUCGGGCAGCAACGUGCAAACCUGGGACAGUCUAAGAAUUCACCCUCAGAGGGGCCGAAUUAUUUUGUCAAGCAUCUGACUGAAACAGACAACAAAAUAUUUAGUGAAUUCAGACCUGGUACUGCUUCUUUUCUUGAGAAAGCUCCUCCAGUCCCCAGCCAAGUAAACGGUAAGGGUUUACAAAAAAGUGCCAACCUACCUAAGGACUCACGAGUUAUAUUUGGUUCACCUGGUUUACAUGGUGCGCCAUCUCAGCCAUGGUCAAGUGAAAAGGUUAUAUGUUCAGGGGGCUCUGAUAGCAAAACUUCAGCUUUAACUUCUACUUUAAUUCAAGGGCAUAAAUCUGAUAAUACUGGUUUAAGUGUUGAUGCGGCAAAUGUUCCUCUGAACCUUGCUGGAAAACCUUUUCAUCUGAAGGGUAAUAUUGGUGAUACUCCUUCAGCCAACUUUUCUGUUAGACCAACCCACACUGUCGUCCAGAAAGCAAAGACUGGGAUGAUUGAUUUGUUGCCUUCUAUUCGUAGCUCGCAGUUGCCAUCUCAGGAAUCUCUUGCACUGGGAAGGUCUGGCAACCGUUGGCCUUACUCUUCAAAGGAUGCACACAAAGCUCCAUCUCUAUCGAAAUCUGAGCCAUAUUUAUCAAGACAAUUUGGCAAUAUUAAAGAAAUGGCCAAAGAGUUGGAUUCACUUUUGGAAUGUAUUGAAGAACCAGGGGGCUUCAAGGAUGCCUGCACUAUUUCCCAAAGAGGUUCAGUUGAAGCUUUGGAGGAGCGCAUGCAAACUCUUUCUGAAAAAUGCAUAACAUGGAAGAGCAUGAUGGAUGAACAGCUUGGAGAAGUCCAGCAUCUUCUAGAUAAAACUGUACAAGUUUUGGCAAGGAAAAUAUAUAUGGAUGGUAUUGUCAAGCAAGCCUCUGAUAGCCGUUAUUGGGAACUUUGGAAUCGCCAAAAGUUGGGGUCUGAAUUUGAGCUAAAGAGACGCCAUAUAUUGAAAUUGAAUCAGGUUCUGACCAAUCAGUUAAUUGAUUUGGAGAGGCACUUCAAUACCCUUGAACUCCAUAAGUUUGAUGAAAAUGGCGGAGUUCCUAAAGGUCGGAGGGAAUUUCAAAGUCGACAUGGGCCUUCAAGACAAAUUCAGUCCCUGCAUAGUUUAUAUAACACGACAAAUUCACAACUAGCAGCUGCAGAACACCUUUCAGAAUGUCUGUCGAAACAAAUGGCUGUACUGAGUGUAGAAUCACCUGUGAAACAAAAGAAUAUAAAGAAGGAACUGUUUGAGACAAUUGGAAUCCCUUAUGAGACCACUUUCAGCUCUCCGGAUUCAACAAAAGUUGGCGAUUCCUCCUCAUCGAUGAAACUUCUACUUUCUGGUUCUGCGUCUAACAAAUCUCAGUCCAGAAGACGUCAGUUAAGUGUUAUGAAAAGUUCUGAUUCAGAAACUGCAAGAAGAAGGAGGGACUCGCUAGAUCAGAGCUGGGCUAGUUUUGAGCCCAAAAAAACAACUGUAAAGAGGGUGCUUUUGCAAGAAACUCAGAAGACAAGUGUGAGUAAAUCAUCCUUGAUGGAUAGGCAACAACUUGACAAUUCUGUGGUGGAUAGCUCAGCAGUCAAUCACCCAAAGGACCUGACACCUCCUUCAACCCUCACGUAUCCAUCUGGAAAUAAAGGAAUUCAGUUUACAUUCCAAAAACAGGCUUUGGAUAAAAAACCAACGCCAUCUAGAUGGGCUAGCGACUCUCUGCCACCAUCUCAAUCUACGGCUCAAGCAACAGGGUUGAGGCCUCCUAUGUUGGGUAGUGGUGCUGCACUACCAUCAAUUUCACCAUACCAAGCACUGCCCAUAACGGGUCAAAUUCUUUCCAGGGAAACUGGCAUUGUUACAUCAGAUGAAUUAAGUGGUACGGGUUCUACUGGGAAGUCUGAUUCUCUGCUGACCCAUGAGAGCAAGUCAAUUCAGCAAUCUGAAACUAAUCUGCAUAAAAAAUCAUCAGUGUCAAUGGAAUUACCUGCACAGGCACCAACUUUGAUGAAAUCAAAUGAGAUGCUUAAUUGCAAUGCAAAGGGGGCUGGACUUGCAAAUUCAAGGAUGGCAACUAUGAGUCAUGUACCAACAAAUACAAAAGUUCCGCAGUUCAGUGUUGCAGCUAGCAGAAGCCAGCCUAGUGAAAAAGCAUCAUCUUCUCAGGCAUUCUCAAUGCCUCUUUCAUUUUCUUCAUCUCCAGUGAUCAAUUCAUCAUUUGGCAUAUCUUUGAUCAAUUCUAAAGACAAAGUUGAUGCUACUCAAACAGUUCUUAUGACACCCUUUUCAUCAGUUUCUUCUCCAGUUUUUCCUUCUGGUUCCUUCUCUCUUCAGGCUCCCAAGUCACCGCUUCCCAUGCAUACUCCACCUGCAGUUUCAGAGUCUCGUAAGACAGAGCUUCAAUCUGCUACUGACAAAAUGCCACCUCCUGUGAAUCCAGCCCUGCGAUCAAUAUCGGAGUCGGUUAAAACAGAGGCUCAAAUUCCUACAGUCAAUACUUCACUUCCUAAUAGCCCAACUCCUUCACCUUCAGUGUCAAUCUCUCAUAAACCAGGGCUUCAAUCCCCUACCGGCAAGACUUCACCUUCCACUGGUCCUACUUCUCCUUUGACAUCAGAACCUUCUAAAUCUCAGCUGCAACCUUUGUCAGACAAAUUUAACUCAGGUACUACUACAACAGCUCCAAAGACACAGCCCGAACCUCCUGCAUUUAGUUUGAAGCUUGAAACUCCAGUAUCAUCUGUCCCUGCAUCUGAAAUAUCAACUGGGCUGGGGUCUGGAAGUCAGUCCAGUCUGAACAGCAUGGCAAGUCCUGCAUCUGGAAUACAACUGAAUGUGCAGCCUACUUUUGGGGCACCACUAGCUUCUGAUAGUAUGGCAAGUGGAAAGAAUGCAAACAUGGAUCUCGCAGUGACAGAAGAGGAUGAAAUGGAGGAGGAGGCUCCUGAGGCAAGCCGCACAAACGAAAUUAGUUUGGGUAGUUUUGGUCUUGGAUCAACCCCUGCCUCAACUGCUCCUAGAGCAAAUCCAUUUGGUAAUAUAGUAACAAAUCAAGCAAGCUCUUCGUUCACGAUGACUGUACCUAGUGGAGAACUCUUUAAGCCUGCAUCAUUUAGCUUUCAAUCUCCAUUGCCUUUACAACCGUCUCCUCCAUCAAAUAUGGGUACAUUCUCUGGUGGUUAUGCUGCUAAUGCAGUUGCUCAAGCCCCUGCACCUAAUGCAUUUGCCCAGCCUGCGCAGAUGGGAGCAGGACAACAAGCACUAGGAUCAGUUCUUGGUUCUUUUGGACAGUCGAGACAGUUUGGCGCUGGUCUAACUGGUGGCUUUGCUAGUGCCAGUUCAAUGGGUGGCUUUUCAAGUGCUGCCACUGGUGGUGGGUUUGCUGCUGCCGCUACUGGCGGUGGCUUCGCUAGUUUGGUCUCCGGGGGAUUUGGUGGAUUUGCUGGUGUAGCUUCAGGUGGCGGGGGAUUUGGUGGUGUGGCUUCAGGUGGCGGGGGAUUUGGUGGUGUGGCUUCAGGUGGCGGAGGAUUUGGUGGUGUGGCUUCAGGUGGUGGAGGGUUUGCAGGAGGUGCUGGUGGUGGAUUUGCUGCAGCAGGUGGUGGAUUUGGGGCUUUCAACAGCCAGCAGGGAGCUGGUGGUUUCUCAGCAUUCAGUGGUAACACAGGCAGCAACCAACAAGGAAGUGGUGGCUUCUCAGCUUUCAGUGGCAGUACAGGAGGAACUGGGAAACCUCCGGAACUCUUCACACAAAUGAGAAAAUAGGCUUCAUGGCAAAAUCCUUCAGAUGCCACUAAUUUGCGCACGAUUGUAUAUGAGAAUAUUGAACGUAUUGUACGUUUAUAAGCCUUUUGCAAGUAUUAUUACUAUAAUCCUUGGAAGGUAUUGUAUCUUUAGAUUUUUUAAAGUCAUUCGAUUAAAAGGAAAAUAAUUGCCAUAAUAA